UCCCUGACCCAAUUGAUCACUGUGGCCUUCCCAUAUGCGCGAGGUUAUCUAUUUUCUGAAAAUGCCAAAAGAGCUGCUUGGAAUCCCUUCCUUCCUCGAUCUCCCCGAUCUUCCCCUAAAAACCCCCGACGCAUCCCAAAUAGGGUCGAAUUAUGCCUCCCCUGUCUCUAUUGUUCUUCUCCAAAUCCGUCGAGUGGAUCGGGAAGCACGGCAGGCCUUAAAAUCCUUAACUAUGUCCAUUGUUGGGGAGAAAUUUAUUUGAUUUUUUUUCUUCUAUUCUUGGAUCCAGUGAUCGAGUUUCUUUGGCAACUUCCUUUGCUGCAGAGGCUCCCAGUCUCGCCAAAAGAUCGCAUGGGUCGUUCAAGUGAAGCAUCAGGUCUUGCUCUAUCAACUUUUUGUUCUUCAAGAAAUAGUGUCUUCGAAAUUCAGUAAGAGUUCAGAGCUUGCUAGAGGUUUGCACUUUCAACUCACCUUUGAAACCUCGAAAAGGUAAGAGAACUAAUCUAAGCAUGGCUGGAGAGAAUAGCAGAAUUAAAAUGAGGCUUCCUCGUGACAUCCUGUUCAGCAUCCUUAGAAGACUGCCCCUAAAAUCUGUGCUUCGGUUUUGCUGUGUAUCAAAGUAUUGGUUCAAUGUGAUAAUGGACCCAGAUUUCAGGAACCUCCACUUCUUCCAAUCACCAACCGAGCCCACAGCACUAAUCUUGUCGCAACGUAAGUUGUUGAGGGAGAAUGUAAUCAGCAUGAAUCUCCUCAACCUAAAGGAUCAUAAAGUCCAUGUAAGUGACAAUGCCAUUAGUCAUAUGGUUGGCUCCCAUUCAUUCAACCUAGUAGGGACAUGCAAUGGCUUGCUCUGUUUCACUUCCUUCGAUCAAGGGGAGUCUAUAUGUGUCGGCAAUCCUAUCACCAGGGAACUUGUCACUCUACCAAAACCAUCUAGAACUGCAUCUCCUGAACCAUGCACACUGGUAUAUGGGUUUGGGUUUGAUUGUUUGACAAAAAAAUAUAAGGUUGUUCGCAUUUUCCAUCCGACACUUUCCAUUCCAGAAAGUUUCAGAUUCGGGAAUUUGGAAACUCGCAUGACAGCCGAGGUGUACACCUUGGGUGCAACUGGUUCUUGGAAAGCAGUGCAAGGCUUCGAUCGUCCUCCCUUUGGCCAGCCAGUAUUUGCUAAUGGAGCUGUACAUUGGGUGGUUCAUCCUCGCUUUGCGCUAGGACGUGAGAAUGACAAAAUCAUAUCUUUUGAUAUCAGCAAAGAUGAAUUUACGGCCACACGACACCCCAAAUUUGUGUCAACAUUCAGCAUCGCUGAGCUGAGAGGAUGUCUAUCUGUGGUAGCAGAUAUCAUGUCGAUUCUUAUAAAGGUAUGGAUGCUAAAGGACCAUGUAACAAAUCAUUGGGAACAGGAGUACAUAUUCCCUAUAAAUAAUCCCAGUUCUCUUGAUCGGAGAUUUCCUAGGCUGAUAUCCAUUUAUGAACAAAAUGAAGUGCUGCUAAUUUGGCUUCAGGAUGGUCUUUACUCAUAUGAGCGUAGGACUUUGCGUCGGAAGAUGUUGAAGAUAUCAGGGUUCCCUACAUGGUUGGAUUGGGAGGUUUGCAGUGGUUUUAGGGGAAGCUUGGUGCCUCCUGGGGCUUAUUGUGAUAAUGGAGGUGGCGAGAAUGAUGCAGCUUAUUUUGUCAGCAACAUGGAACUUUACUCGAGGCCUGUUAGUGCUCUAGUUUGUGAGCAGGAGAAUGUUGGUAGGUCUCAAGCCCUUGUUACAUGUUUUACUAAGAAUCGCAUGUUGGUGGAUUAAGUUAGCUCUACUUCUUCAUAAUUUAUACUGCAAAACCUUGUUAAGUGCUGGGAAAACAAGUUCCCCCGUGGGCUUCCUUUUUCAGUGAUAACAUCCUCUACAUGUUUGAAAUAUCUCCUCUUGAGGAUAUACAUGUUCAAAAUAUUAAAUCGUGCAUAUAUAUUUGCCACCGUUUUGCUAGAAAAGAAGUAUUGAAUCUUGCAGGUUACCAUACCUUGAUAUAUUAAUUUCAAGUCAGUUUUAGAUUAA